AUGAUAUCACUUCUACCAGGUCUGAGGACAAUCAUCAGUUCUAUUUUUAAAUCUGCCAAACUUAUGAUGGAGGUCCUUUUGUUGAUGUUAUUUGUGCUUCUGGUCAUUACACUCUUUGGAAUACAGAUAUUCAAAGGUGUUCUGAAACACAAGUGUGUGCGAAAUCUGGAUCCUGAUGUCAAUGUAACAUAUGAACAGUGGCGCAGCUUUGUACAAAACAAAUCCAACUGGUUAGUACAAGAUGACAUAGACAUUAAUGUAUGUGGAAAUGCAAGCAGCACAGGGAGGUGUCCUGCCAAUUACACCUGCCUUUCAGAUGUGGGUCUCAACCCAAACAGUGGGUUUACAUCAUAUGAUCAUUUUGGAUGGGGUUUUGUUACAUCUUUUCAGCUUCUUACACUUGAUCGCUGGGAAAAUUGUUACAAUCUGAUUCUUCGAAGCAGUGGACUAUAUUAUGUUUUCUUUUUUACUGUGAUAGUCAUGUUUGCUUCUUAUUAUGUUGUAAAUCUGGUGUUGGCUGUGGUGGCAUCUUCUUAUGAAAAGGAAUUCAAGAGGAAAGAAAAAGUUAAAAAAGAGCAAGACGAAAUUUUAGAACUGAGAAGACGAAAAGAAAAAAUGAAAAAGAAAAACACCCUUAAUCCAAAAGAAAGAUUCCGUCAAUAUGGACGUCAGAUGACUAGAGGAUUUUCAAUGGAAUCUGUUCUUACAUGGGCAACUGAGCUUUCUCAUUAUAGUGCAGAUGAUGAAGAACAAACUGAAAAAAAUCCAACGUUUUUGGAGUCUUUGAAAACCAGACUCAAUGAAAAGCUGUGCUCUUGGACAUGUUGUGCUCCCUACUUGAAGAUGCAGGAAGUAUUGAAGAAAAUAAUGACACAUUCAUUUUGUGAAGGAUGUAUUAUAUUUUGCAUCUUCCUCAAUACCAUCCUGCUGGCAAUUGAUUACUACAAAGCUCCUUAUUCUAAUAUCUUGAAUCAAGGAAACACUAUACUGACAGCAAUUUUUGCCAUUGAAGCUUUUUUGAAGAUUCUGGCAUUUAACUUGUUGCCCUACCUAAACAAUGGAUGGAAUGCCUUUGACUUCAUUAUUGUUUUGCUUAGCUUUGUGGACUGGGGGCUUACUGCUGCAAAUUUCAAAUCAUUUGAUAUCAGUGUCAUACGAUCCUUCAGGAUGCUUAGAGUCUUCAAACUUGCAAAAAGUUGGAAGACUCUUAAUGUUCUUAUCACUGUUAUAUUUGCAUCUCUGAAGGAAAUGGGAAACCUAACAGUGAUAGUUGUCAUUGUGAUUUAUAUUUUUGCUGUGAUAGGAAUGCAGUUGGUUGGUAAGGAUUACUUAAAUAAGGCUGCCUUUCCUGAUAAUCAAGUCCCUCGUUGGAAUUUUUUGAGUUUCUACAAAUCAUUCCUGAUGGUUUUUCGAGUUAUUUGUGGCGAGUGGGUAGAGCCCCUUUAUGACUGUAUGCGCUGUUCAAGGAUAUACUUUUGUAUUCCUCUUUUCUUUGCCACUUACAUCAUAGGAAACUUUCUCGUACUAAAUCUGUUUUUGGCUCUGCUACUUAACUUUUUUUCUGGAGAUACACUAACGGCAAAAGAAAGCAACAAUUCUCCUCCCCUGUCAACACACAUUAAAAGGCUUCUGACUGUGAUUAAGCUGAAAAAGUUCAGCAAACAUCACUCUGCAAAAAUUCAACCCAAUGAGACAGUAGAAGGAAGUAAUGUGAAGCUGUCACAACUCUUACAACUGCAAUCUGGUACAAGUCCAAAUGCAAAAUCUCAGGAAGAGCAAAAUACCAGUACAGGAAUUACUUGUGUUGACCAAAACCCUAAGGCUCAAGUUGCAAGUGUACCAUCUCAAAAUGAAAUCCCCACAGUUAGUGCUCACUGCAGAAGAUAUGAAAAUGGAUCUGCUGUUAUUGUGCCUGAAACAUUGGAGGAAGCUCACAUAGAACCCGAAAUAGAGAUUGUCCAUUCUGCUAUUGGAAAAGGCCCGAUAAACACUGGCAAAAAAUCACCAGAAAAUGCAAAACAGGAGCAUAACGUGACUCAAGAACAAGGAAACCAAAAACAAGAAAAAGAAGACACUAGAAAGAUGAAACCAUGUUGUCCAAGCAUUUGCUCUAAGAUGUGUUCUUGUUUUAGUUCAAGUACUGAUGCAGCAGCAGGCCAAAUAUUUAACUCUUUGAGGUCAAUGGUCUAUAAAUUGGUGAAUAACACAAUCUUUGAUGGGAUCGUUUUGUUUGUCAUUCUUGUAAGCACAGUCACACUGGCCUUAGAUGACAAAUACACACAUAACAACGCAAAAAUUCAGGAAAUAUUGCAAUAUCUAGACUACUUUUACACUGCCUUCUUCAAUCUGGAAAUGCUUCUGAAACUAAUUGGGCUUGGAGCCAUCGAUUAUUUCACUAAUAUAUGGACACUCUUGGAUUUUCUUCUAGUUAAUGGGUGGCUAAGUUUGCUAAGCAAUAACAUAAAGGCCUUCAGUUCACUGAGAUCACUGAGAACUCUGCGAGCGUUGAGACCUCUGAGAGCUAUUUCCCGUUGGGAAGGAAUGAGACUUGUUGUGAAUGCCCUGAUAAGAUCAAUACCAUCCAUAUCCAAUGUAAUGCUUGUGUGCCUGGUCUUCUGGCUUAUCUUUGGAAUUGUCGGAGUUCAGAUCUAUGGUGGGAAAUUCUACCAAUGUGUGGACAGGAAUGGACAACGCUUAUCAGUUGACAUUGUUAACAACAUUACAGACUGCCAGGCGUAUUCAGACAAAGGCUUCAAAUGGGUGAAUACAGAGAUUAAUUUUGACAACAUCAUGUCUGCUUAUUUAGCUCUCUUGCAAGUGUCAACGUUUGAAGGAUGGAUGGAAAUUAUGGCUAGUGCAGCAGAUGCAAGAGGAAUUGACCUCCAGCCACAAACAGAUGCAAAUAUGUACAGUCUUUUAUAUUUUGUUGCCUUUAUUAUUGUUGGAACAUUUUUCACAUUAAAUUUAUUUAUUGGAGUGAUUAUUGAUAACUUCAACACCGUUCAUAAAAAGUCUAGAAAAGAAGGCGCACUGGUCAUGCUUCUUACUGAAGAUCAAAGAUAUUUAUACGAUGCAUUAAAAAGGCUCUCUAAAGUUAAGCCAAUAAAACAAAUCCCUCCACCUACAAACAUAUUUUUCUUAUUCUUCUACAAAGUGGUUAAUCACAGGUACUUUGAACCUGCAACCAUUAUUUUAAUUGUUUCAAAUAUGCUUUUCAUGACCAGCGACCACUACGAGCAAACAGAAGCAUACUCUAAUGUUCAAAAUGUCAUAAACAUACUGUUCACGGCAUUAUUUUCUAUUGAAGCUGUACUCAAAAUCCUAGGACUGCGACUAUACUAUUUUACCCAAGCCUGGAAUAUCUUUGAUAUUUUGGUCAUCAUUACAUCCAUUAUAGGAAAUUUACUGGAUAGUGUGGCCACCCAGAUUGGCUUCUCUCCAACCAUGCUGCGUGUUCUGAGAUUAGCCCGGCUUGGAAGACUGCUCAGGCUUGUCAGGUCCUUGAAGGGAAUUCGGAGACUGAUUUUCACCCUGAUUAUUUCAAUUCCUGCUCUCUUCAACAUCGGGAUUCUACUCUUUCUGGUAAUGUUUAUUUACUCGAUACUGGGCAUGAAUCUAUUUCGAGAUCUGCCGAGAAAUGGAUCCAUAAAUGAGAUUGUGAACUUUGAAACUUUUGCAAACAGCAUGCUGCUUCUGUUCCGUCUGACUACUGCCGCGGGGUGGAAUGAUGUACUCCAGCAGCUUCUCGUUAGCAAUGUGCAACCAAAUAUUGUGUGCAUUUUAUUCAUGUCAUCGUACAUAUUAAUUUCUUUUAUUGUGAUUGUUAAUAUGUAUGUGGCUGUCAUUCUUGAGAACUUCAAUCAAGCCCAAGAACAGGAGAUGGCUGGUGUCACAGAUGACGACAUUGACAUGUUCUAUGAGGUGUGGAGUAAAUAUGACCCUUUUGCUACACAGUUCAUUCUUUAUGAGCAACUGUCUGAUUUCCUUGAUGAUCUUAAGCCUCCCAUGAGAAUACCAAAACCAAAUGCAGUCAAACUUGCAGCCCUGAACCUCCCUGUAACCAAUGGCAAUAAGCUGCACUGCCUAGAUAUACUGAGAGCAAUGUGUUGUGUCAUCGUAGGCAACGUGAAGGAGACAGACCCUUUAAAAGAGCUGCAAGGGAAGAUUGUUGACAGGAUGAAAAAGAGAUUUCCAAUCCGCAACACAAUGCAGACUGUAACUACAACCUUAAUGAUUCGUAAGGAGGUCAAGGCAGCUAUGACAAUUCAGAAAGCCUUCAGAAGAUGGCGGAAAAGACAACGGCUUAAAAUGGCAAACAUGCGUGCAGAAAAGAAAUCUGUGCACUCAGUGCACUCGAGCUCAACCAGUUCAUCAUCAAGUAGGCCAUCUUCACCUGAUGACGUUUCACUCUAAAACUGAAAGGUGGUCUGAAUCAUAAUAAGUAUGAAUAAAUUAGAAACGGUAUAUAUACAUUUGGUGGAAAUUCAGAACAUUCCUGGAAUCAAAAUGUAUUUUUAUAAAUUAUCAGUUUCAGGUAGAGAUUCGUUUCAUCAGACUUAAUAGGUAAAUUUGCACAAAUUGAGCCUUUCUACAUACCGGCUGUCAAUUUUAACAAUUUCUUGCAAUAAAGUAAUAUUUCUGUUUGUUCUGUUUUUUCAUAUCUGGAAUAUUAU